AUUGUAGAGAAUCGAAAAAGACAUAGAAGCUUCGUUAACCCGCGAGAGGUAUCAAUUGGCGCCAAGAAAUUUUCAGUUCGGUCGUGCUGAGACCUGAGAGAAGCUUCUUCCAGAUUCUUCCAUGGCCACCCAAGGUCUUCAUCCUCCUUACUUCUCUGAGGAUGUAGCUUGGCUUCCAUGCUGGCUUCAGAAUCUUAGAACAAAUGCGUCUAAUGAACUUAUAAAGGAGUCUCAGGCGCCUUACAACGAAGAAGUGAAGGAUCUAGCACCUUCUCAAGGAAAUGGUAAUGAUGGCAAAGACUUUGAUAAGAUAUCAAGGGAAGAAGGUAGAUAUAAAAGUUGCCAUUUAUUCUUAUCUGGAGACAAUAGUUCACCUGUUAGUGUUUCUUCAUCCCCUGAAAAUGUGUUUCAUUUUAGUCUGCAUCUUUCUUCAGACGUUGAUUCACUGUUUUUCCCAAACCAAGAUUUGAAUGAAUCUCAUGGUGUAGUUUCACCAAGUAAAGCUUUGUCAUUGCAACCUGUUCAACCUUCUACUGAUUUUAGAGUGAACAUGUAUCCCAUGAUGGAUCCUCUUGCCUGUGAACCAGAUCUGUUGGUUGCUUUAAUCCCUGAAACUGUGGAAAAAGAUGCUACAAAAUCUUUUGUUGAUACAAUUGACUCUGUUGUAAAACAGAAAGAAAGAUCUGUGGAUAAAUGUUUCAAAAGUGCUCAUGUCAGUAAUGCAGUUGAACUUUCUAUUGCUGCAUCCGAGGCAUUGGUCAUACAUGAUUUAGUGAAGAUCGACUCAGCUUCGGAAACAAUUUAUACAGAAUCUGUACUCGAAGUUGCACUUCGUGUGAAGCAGGCACGACUCAAGGGGUUGGAAGAUGGCUUCCAGUCCUCAAAUGAGGAAUCGGACUGUAGUGAUUCUCUUUCUGAUUUGAAUGAUUUCAUUAUGGAAGAUGCUUAUGAAGAUAUUGGCUUACUUAUUGGUGUUCCUUUUGAGGAAAAUAUUUUCAAUUCAGCUAUAUUUCAAGCAAAAGGUGUGUUCAAUGCUGAAAAUGGUAGCGGAUGCAAUAGUAAACAUGGUGGUAAUGAGUUUGCAUCUCAGCUUGCCAAAUUUGAUGAUAAAUCUAAACACAAGCAGUUCGAAAUUAAUGUGGAUAUUGAGAUGCAGAAAAAUACAGACUCACCUCUUCAUUCUUUACACUGUGAGAAGGAGAAUCAUUCUGAUGAUCCUGGUUUGGUUGCAAAUAUUCUCAAAUUUUCUGAUAAUAGUCUUCCUAUAUCUCAUCAAUACAUAGAGAAUAGCACGGAUAAUUUACCCCCAAACCAGACAGUUGGCUUGGUUGAUUUGACUUCAAUCAAGCCACCAAACAGUGUCAACUCUUCACUUGUUGAGAAUUCUGGAAAUUACAAAAAGGAAGAUUGGGUAACUCACCUAGCUCCAAAAAGAUUUAGAAGUCGUUGGUUAGGGGGUUGGACAUGUGAGGAAUUAGAUUCAUCUUCAUUGAAUCAAAACAAUGCAGAAUGGAUUCCAAAGUUUCACAUCAGAGAGACAAGCUUUCUUACAGAAUCUGUAGAUGUUAUUCCCGAUGAGAGUUCUUUUGUGGUGAAACUUGAUCCCAAGUGUGCCAUUGGUUCUCUACGAAGUAUGCCUUCUGAAGAUUCACACAACAAACAUGAUGAGGGAAUUUUGCAGUCUCAAGAUGUGGUUGGAUGUUCUAGUCUAUCAUUGACUGAUCCUCUUUGCUCAGUUGUCCCAUGUAGCAUUUCUUCAGAACAUGUCAAUUACAAAACUUAUAUUGACAAAAACAAUGAUACGAAGGAUAUUUUCCCAUCCAUCUCUGAAUUUGAGCUGGACAAUUUCCAUAGAAUCCCAGAUAUGAAUGUUACAUUUGACUGUAGUAAUGAGGAAAUUAUGUCUGUACUUGAUGGUAAAGAUAUUCCAAUCACUGCAACAAAGAUGGCUGAACAAAUUACUAAGUUAACAAGGGCUGAGCAUACUUGUCUUAAGACUUAUAGCAUGAUUCUACCGAACAAAGAUCUCAACCUUAACUGUAAUUUAACCGCACUUGCAUCUAAUCAGAGUAUGGAUGUUGCUGCAUCUUCUGGCACAAAUUUUUCUGAGAGUCUAUGUGCAUCCAAGCAUACAGAUGGAAACAAAAAUGAAGAAAAUAAUCAGCAUUGGAUUGAUCACAAAUCAAUUAUUGAAAUAAUAGAUGGCAUGAGUGGCAAUGAGUUAAAAUUAAAAGCAGCAAAUGCAAGUGACGUUUUAGGAGAUUCAACACAAGGCAGAAGAUCACCUCUUAUACUAAAUAAUCAGACAUGCUGGCCCUUGCUGGGCCCUAGGAAUGUUGUUAAUGAUAUCAGUGCAGAGAAAAAUAUGCAGCAGCAUGAAGCACCAGAAAAUGUUGUUCAACAUCCUCAGGACAGUAAUCUUAAUAAACUGCAGGUUGAGUGCAAUAAAUUCCUGGGUGGACAUGUUAGAGUGAGAAAGCAAGUACAUUUCUCAGAAAAAGUGGAAGAGCUUCCACAAAAAAGGAAAUUAUCAAAGUUAGAAUCUUCACAUAAAAGAUGUUCAGCUGUUAAAGCAAAAAGGCGACAAGUUUCCAAGUCAUUGACCACUUCUGUGCCACGUAUGAAACAUUCUUUGGCAAAUUAUGGCAAAAGUGUAGUGCAUGAAUUUAUAUUUCAAGGUAUAGAGUUCCUUCUCACUGGAUUAUCUAGUCAGAAGGAAAGGGACAUGGAAACACUUAUAAGGAAGUCCGGUGGGGUGGUUCUUUAUGAUGUUCCCUCUCCUCGAAAUUCAAGGGACAAGAGAAAUUCAACCAUAUCUCACGUGCAGCUUCCUAUUAUUCUAUGUAUGAAAAAGCUGCAAACCACCAAAUUCUUGUAUGGUUGUGCUGUUAGUGCCUCGAUACUAAAAGUUGGCUGGCUUACUGAUUGUCUCGCAUCUGGAACUAUUUUGCAACCUGAAAAAUACUUGAUUCUUCCAAAUCGAAAUGACAUGAAGUGGACCAGGAUUGGGAUGGCAAUUCAUCAUAGAAACCGAAAGCAUAUUUUUGAACGCGUAGGAAUUGUGCUCCAUGGGAAGCAUAGUUUCUGCGCCAAAUUGGGAAGUAUCAUCAAGCAUGGAGGUGGAAAAGUGUUCAAAACUCUUCAGGGGUUAGUACGGAGCGCUGAUGAAGAAAGGACUAUGGUAGGCGCUAUUGUAGUUGAAGAAAAGACUACUAUAUCACGUCAUCUAAAGUAUUGUGCCAAAGAGCGGAAUAUUCCUAUGAUGCCUUGUAGCUGGAUCAUUAAGAGCUUAUAUUCAGGAAAGUUACUUCCCUUCACGGAAGAAAAAAAUACACAUUCAUUGCCAUUUGUUAAAGUCUCUGAAGUUCCAAGUUCUUCAGAUAUGAGUGAAGAAAUAUAAAUUUUACACUUUAAGCAAACAUUUAUUAACGCGGACUAUCAAUGAUGAGUUGGGGAGCGUGCAGAAGAUCUUACUUAAGAGUACGGAAGUGGCGUACGGCGUUCCGAUAAUUUGUUUAGCUUAUUUGAUAAGUUUCACAAUUGAACUUACAAGUAAGCUGUCGUUUAAUAAGUAUAGUAGAUGACAUUUGUUACCCAAAUACGUCUUAAAUACUGUAAUUAUAUAUGAUUAGUUGUAGACGUGUGCCUUCAACAAGUGGGUUAAAUUAUUCUGUUUGGUAUAAAUAGUAUGAAAAUGAGAUGAAGUUCAGUUCAU